AUGGCCGACAACAUCUCAACGACAGCAUGUUCAAAAGCAGCAUCAGAAAAAUUCGACGAGUUCCCAUUGUUUUCCUCGUUCCCGGUCGAAAUCCAGUGCCGGAUCUUCAAAAAAGCCUUUCCAGACCCAGAAUUGAUAUAUUGGGACUUUGACAUCCGAUUACCGCAUGAGAAGAGAAUGCUGAUGUUUUCUUUGACAAAAACAAACAUCACGCAUUACUCUCUCUCUUGCUUGCAUGCAAGAACUCACAUGCAGAGUCAUUCUGAUAGCUACAGAUAUCUUCGAAUGACUGUCGAUACUCUCUCAAUGAGCUUUACCAGCUUCAUAUCAUUGGAUAUGGUGGGAGGACGCAUGACGCUAGAUAACAUCACACAUCUUGCUUUAAUCCACUGUCCAGCUUUGAACACAUUGUAUUUCGUUAUUGAUUACGGUGUGGGUCCAGCUACUUGGACCAAUCUCGAAUACAGGCAACUCGUUGAUAUUAGUGAAGGCUGUAUGGAUCUAGAUUGUGAUUUUCCGAGAUUGAAACAAUCCUUGAAUGAGGAAUUUCGAUAUUGA